AUGGAAGGGGUUCUCCAUAAGAUAAAUGGUCUUUUGAAGAAUCCUAGGCUAGAGGAUAUACUGGCUGUGUUCGAGAUUGACGGAUAUAUAAGGCUAAACAGAGUGUAUAUAUCUCCGUUUUCCUUAAGGCAGCUUCUAAUCAAGGUGGCCGGGCUGGAUCUGGUUUCGUGGCAGAUGACCCCAAGCGGAUUGUUCUUUCAAUUUAGAACGUUCUGUCUCAAGUUCUAUGGGUCCGUAAACAUAGUGGUUAAACAGAAGGUAUUUUGCAUAGAGAUCGACUUCGAUCCCAGUAUUGACGGAGGAACGGGCGUUCCCGUGCUCAAGGAGCUGGAAAGAUAUCUGAAGGGCUGCGAUGCCCUGUUUUUCAUGACAUACUUUGCAGACAUUGACAAAGAAAUACUCCACAACCCGCUCUCUGAGAGCCUGGAGUUCCUGUACAGGAAGAAUUCUGUAAGAAAAUAA